UCCGCUCCGGCCCCGCGCUGCCCCGCGCCGCCCGGCAUGAACGCCAGGAGGGUGGAGAGCAUCUCGGCGCGGCUGGAGGAGGCCGGCUCCACCGGCGCAGCAGUCAUCUCCUCAGCAUCUCAGGCUGGAGCUCGCUGAAGAGCAAAUGGGAAUGCUGUUUAGGACCACUGCGUGACCUCGGAGUAGCACGAAAGUCCGGGAGCACUGGGAUGGAAGUGUUAGCCCCUGAGAAGAAAACACAUGAAGAGAAUGAAGAUUUGCAACAGUAUCAUCAGAAGCCUGCAAACUGCAAGAAAUUGCUCAGAAAUUGCUGCUUGAUAAAGCGGAUUUUUGCCUGGAAAAGUUUGAGCUCUAAAGACAUUGUAGAAGAUGAAAUGGAAAUGGCUACAGUACGACAUAGACCUGAAGCUCUUGAACUGCUGGAAGCACAGAGUAAAUUCACAAAGAAGGAACUUCAGAUCUUAUACAGAGGUUUCAAGAAUGAAUGCCCCAGUGGUGUUGUCAAUGAAGAAACCUUCAAAGAGAUUUACUCUCAGUUCUUUCCACAGGGAGAUUCUACAACUUAUGCACAUUUUCUGUUUAAUGCAUUUGACACUGACCACAAUGGAUCUGUAAGUUUUGAGGAUUUUGUUAUGGGUCUCUCAAUUUUACUCCGAGGGACAGUACAGGAGAAACUGAACUGGGCUUUCAAUUUGUAUGAUAUAAAUAAGGAUGGAUAUAUAACUAAAGAGGAAAUGCUGGAUAUCAUGAAAGCAAUAUAUGAUAUGAUGGGGAAAUGCACCUAUCCUGUUCUCAAGGAGGAUGCGCCUAGACAACAUGUGGAAACAUUUUUUCAGAAAAUGGACAAAAACAAAGAUGGAGUAGUUACCAUAGAUGAAUUCAUCGAGAGCUGCCAGAAAGAUGAGAAUAUAAUGCGAUCCAUGCAGCUCUUUGAAAAUGUGAUUUAACGAAGAUAUUAGGUCUACAACUAAUGGACGAAUAUGAGCUAUUCUGCAACAUUACCUAACAGAUGGAUUUCCCACUUUAUCUUAAAUAAAAUUACUCAGCUUUACACUCAGACAUGUAUUAUGCAAAUAAUUUUUUAUUAUAAACUUUCCCCAAAAGCUUUCUAAAAUAUACAAUUUAGCACUUCAACAGUGGCUACUUAGUUAAGAUUCCUCUGAAAAGUCAGGUUUUUACUGCAAACCCAAACAAAAUAAGACAUGACGUUAUGCAGCUUAAUUAUCAUUCCAAUCCUUAGAUAAAAUAGAUUCUAACACAAGGAGAUUAAAUUAAUACUCUUAAGUUUUUCUACUAAUUUUUACUGGAUUAAGCUCCAGGUGUUUGAGUGUAUUUCUUAAAUCCUAAGUUUCUAAUUUAUACAGAGGCAUUACCAUGUAAUUUUUUUUUCACAUUCAUAUGGUGUAGUCCUUAUAUUUUGAAUACUACUUUUGAGCUGAAGUGCUAUAAUCAAUGUGCAAUGCACAUCUUGCUGCAAUUGCCUUCCACUUUUGACUUGCUUUUCUCUUAAAAAAAACCCCAAACCUAACAAAAUAGUUAACUCAAGAGGAAGAACUUUUACAGACCAAAAAAAGAAACUGCCUAAAAGUAGAUUUACUCCCCAACAAAUAAGAGUAAGCAUCUAUCAAUCACACUUACUUAGUAAAUCUGCAUUUAAUUUAUCAUGACAUAAACAUCAGCAGUCUUACAUACUGUAUUUCUGGUUCUUCUUGGACACGUCCACAAAGUUCUUUCCUUAAAAUUAUGGAUAUUGUGACUCUAAAUUCUCAUGAAGAAACAUCAACUGGAUCCUAAUACUGUUUUCUUGAGCAUGUGUCUUUCUGCCUUUAAUGAAGAAAAAGGCCAGAACUUCUUUGGAAACUUCCAUCCCACUUUGGUGCUCAGAAUGAAUAUCACUAUGUAGUAACAUCUACUAACAAUGACUGCUAGACAGGCUAACAUCUGUUCCAGCUUUUUGUAAUUUCUUUAAUCAUGAGACAGAAUCAGGAAAAAAUUGGAAACUCCAGCUAUAUAAUAUCAUCUAUAUGUGAUAAGUCUAUUACCUUUUUUAGGAUUGUUUCUUUGUUAAGAUUGGCACUACCUUAAUUCUGAACCUACAGAGAUUUUUCUAAAAAUGUAUGUACCUAAAAUAUAAUACUGCCCCUCUAUCCAUGUAAUUUUUAAGGUAUAUUGUCCACAGAGUGUAUGCCAAUACUUCAAAAUAGGAGAAAUGCUAUCAGAUAUAGGCUAAUUUUCAUUGUGACAUUGCUGCAGAAAGGGAAUUAAUGAAGUAGAAAGAGUGUUGCAAGCAUUAUUUUGCAAAAAUAAAUCAGGUAUCUAUUCUGGUGUAGAGAUGGGACAUUAGAGGCAUGUUGAAGGCUGCUCUGCUAUCACCAGUGUAGGAUAAGAGUAGUACAAUACAUGUACACUUGAUAUCUGCUGUAGCAUGUUUGUGUAAACUAAAUGUGCACAUUUUGUAAAA